AUGACGGCCGCGAAUCCACAUCGUCUCCCCUCUCCUCAACAUCAGUUCCAAAACUUCCCGCAAUCUUCGCCACAAGUAGCCCCCCAGCUGCAUUCCGCCCAGCAACGACCUACUCCUACGACGAGGAAGUCCCGAGCUUUUAGUUUCAGAUCAGACAAGUCCCACGGAUCCGGCAGUCAGAAGAUCGACUUGCACGAGACGUCCGCAGAGAAGGAAGCCAAACGACUGCACAGUAAAGCAGAUCCCACCCUUGCCAUGCAAGAGGCUGAGCCCUCCGAAGUUGCUGCAUACGUGAAGUCGUCGCUUGCAUCGUUGAGGAGUAUUCAACACAAGGAUGCGUUUGGGAACCCAAUCGCCGAUCCCGACCGUUCGAAUCCCACUCGCAGUCGAUGGGAACGUCCGCUUGACACAAUCCGCAGCUUCGAAGCAGCCAUUGAUGGCGGAUACAACAACCGGAGGUCCAUAAUUCGUCCAGACGGGGAUGGGUCAACAUGGGGGCCUAGUAGACGAGCCAGUUACUUCGGUCCUAAUCCCAAUGGCGCUGGAUUUUCGCGCGACAGCUACUACGGAAGCCGGCCACCUUCUAUGAUGUACGCUAAUCGUGCGGACGGCAGUCUACCGGAUUUGAGGAUGGGAGGGCAUCGUGAUAGCUACUACGAGCAGUCACAGGGUUAUGGCGGCUACGGGCCGCCGGCCCAAAAUGGCCGGCGUGGGUGGACGGGAAUGUCGUCGGGGCCGCAGUACGGUGCUGCCUACAAGCAGCAACAACAACAAAACGACUACUCAAUCCCGAAUAAUCACCGGUCAUACGAAACAGUUACAACCGCUUCGGGGAGUGGUUCGCCAGCAGAACCCGCGGGCUAUCAAACCGAUCCCACUAGCAGCGACAACAGCUCGAUCGAACGCUUACAUUCUUCGGUGCCUAGGCGCCAGCCGGAACCAGCGAACGAUUACGGUAUAGGUUUUGGCCAGAGCCCCUCCUACCAGCCUCCGAGCUUCACUUUGAGUACCCCUCAAUCUGCCUCGAAUGGUGGAGGUUACGGUGGCGCCCAUCAAACCAGCGGGGGAGGCCACUAUGUCAACGCCCCGCCUCCGGUUCCUAGAAAGGAUGUAGGCGGCGGGAUAAUUAGGAAGCCGGUGACUGCCAAUCCGGGACAUCAAGCACGGCCUGCCCAACAACCCGAGAAACGGAAAAGCUGGUUCGCACGACGAUUCAGCAAGAAUGCCUAG